UAUGACAUAAAAAGAGAUGUCACAGUCAUAGAUAUAACUUUGUCGUAGCAAUUUUUCCGAGAGCUUUGAGAAGGACACAUUUGUCGCAAGGAGAUCACUCAUUACAAUGUCGAUUGAAGACGGAUCAAUGGACGCUUUGAAAGAGGAAGGCACUACUGCAGUCAUAGAUGGAAGUGACUAUGAAUGGUCAACGCACCAACAUACAAGGCUUUAUUCAAUGAAUGAGGACGGCGGUGCCAAAGGUCACUACUUGUACGUCGAUGAGAACGGUUCGUUGAAAGCAGAUGGAGGAGAAAAUAGCGCAAGUACUUUCACAGUCUACACUCUCUCGGAAGAUGCUGAUUUAGUUAUGUUAAAGGUCGAAGAUUCUGAGGAUGCUACUGAGAAAGUUGUGGCUGUAGAUACAAACACUGACACUGUCAUUGUAAAGGCUCUCCCCUCAGGGACUUUAGGACAGUUGAAUAACUCGAAGAAGGCCAAAAGUUCCCAGUCUGACAUUCUGUUCUACAAGAUAGCGCGCAAACCAGGGUCUCCUCAGUUUUACUUGAAGUCCUAUUUGAAGUCAAGUCUGAAAGACUCGAUUGGUGUUGAUCGAAUCGUUGGUUUUGACCAUGACGGCGUUCCAAUUAAGACUACUGAUGUACAGCAAGGUUUAUUAGAGAGUCUCUUCAAGAUAUACUGAGCGCUGGCAACUUUUCUUAAUUUCUAACGUGAUUAUUAUGAUAAAUUUCUUUUUAACUAUGAACUUCUCUGGUGACAAAGGAUUAAUUUUAAUCCAUGAAUCAAUGAAACGCAUCUUAGAUAAUUGUUUAAUAAACUUUUUAUGAACUAUAUACUAAAUUUGGAACUAUUUUGAAUAAGUGUU